CCUUUGAGGGAAUGAAGCGUAUUGACGUCACGCGGAGUGAAAGAAGGAUCGCUGUGUAGAGGCAACAGAGAGGGGAAGCCUGUGGAGUAAUUAGGAGCGCACCUUCAUUGCGCUAAUAACAGAGACAGCUUGAAAAUCGGCGGAAAGCGCAUCGCACAGAGCGAGGACCGAGGACACUACUUCUCUUCGGAUAUGGCCGAUGUCAUACAUUUUAACGAGGCGUCUUCAGGUGGAAUUGCGAACCGGUUUGCCCGCAAAGGUGCUCUGAGGCAGAAAAACAUCCACGAAGUUAAGAACCACAAAUUUACUGCCAGGUUUUUCAAGCAGCCGACUUUCUGUAGCCAUUGCACAGACUUCAUCUGGGGUUUUGGAAAGCAAGGAUUCCAAUGCCAAGUGUGCUGUUUUGUGGUCCACAAGCGAUGCCACGAGUUCGUUACAUUCUCCUGCCCUGGAGCAGACAAAGGUCCUGACACAGAUGACCCCCGGAGCAAGCACAAGUUCAAGAUCCACACCUACGGCAGCCCGACGUUCUGCGACCAUUGCGGCUCGCUGCUCUACGGGCUCAUCCACCAGGGCAUGAAAUGCGAACCCUGCGACAUGAACGUGCACAAGCAGUGCGUGACCAACGUGCCCAGCCUGUGUGGGACGGACCACACGGAGCGACGGGGGCGGCUCUUCCUCAAGGCGGAGGUCAGCGGCGACAAGCUGCAUGUGACAGUGGGAGAGGCCAGGAAUCUCAUUCCCAUGGAUCCAAACGGGCUGUCGGACCCCUACGUCAAGCUAAAGCUCAUUCCUGACCCCAAGAACGAGACCAAGCAGAAGACCAGAACGAUCCGCUCCUCACUGAACCCCACCUGGAACGAAUCCUUCACCUUCAAGCUGAAGCCCUCUGAUAAGGAACGCCGCCUGUCUGUGGAAGUGUGGGACUGGGACCGGACCACCAGGAACGACUUCAUGGGCUCAAUGUCCUUUGGCGUGUCGGAGCUCGUCAAAUCUCCCGUGUGCGGCUGGUACAAGAUGCUGAACCAGGAGGAGGGAGAGUACUACAACGUACCCAUCCCGGAUGUGAGCGGCGGGAACCUCGAGCUGAAGCAGAAGUUUGAGGCAUGCCAAAACACUCUCCAGUUCCUCAAGAAGGCCAAGCUCGGUCCUGGCAAGAAGAUGAUCACACCCUUGGAAGACAGGAGGUACAACCAGGCCUACAACAACCUCGACCGCGUCUCCCUCUCCGACUUCCACUUCCUGGCACUGCUGGGGAAGGGUAGCUUUGGCAAGGUCAUGUUAGCAGAACUGAAGUCCACAGACGAGCUGUACGCCAUCAAGAUCCUGAAGAAGGACGUGGUGAUCCAGGACGACGAUGUGGAGUGUACCAUGGUGGAGAAGAGGGUGCUGGCGCUUAGGGACAAGCCACCCUUCCUGACGCAUCUGCACUCCUGCUUCCAGACUGUGGACCGUCUGUACUUCGUCAUGGAGUACAUCAAUGGGGGAGACUUGAUGUACCACAUUCAGCAAGUGGGGAAAUUCAAGGAGCCACAGGCUGUGUUUUAUGCAGCAGAGGUCGCUAUUGGGCUGUUUUUCCUACACAGGAAAGGCAUCAUUUACAGGGACCUGAAGCUGGAUAACGUCAUGCUCGACUCGGAGGGCCACAUAAAGAUCGCCGACUUUGGCAUGUGCAAGGAGAACGUCUACGAAGGGGUCAUGACGCGGACCUUCUGUGGAACCCCGGAUUACAUCGCCCCCGAGAUCAUUGCAUACCAGCCCUAUGGCCGUUCGGUGGACUGGUGGGCCUACGGCGUGCUGCUGUACGAGAUGCUCGCGGGACAGCCCCCCUUUGACGGCGAGGACGAAGACGAGCUCUUCCAGUCCAUCAUGGAGCACAACGUGUCCUACCCCAAGUCCAUGUCCAAAGAAGCUGUAUCCAUCUGCAAAGGUCUGAUGACCAAGCACCCUUCUAAGCGCCUGGGCUGUGGCCCCGAGGGUGAGCGGGACAUCAGGGACCACGCCUUCUUCCGCCGAAUUGACUGGGAUCGGCUCCAGAACCGAGAGAUCCAGCCUCCCUUCAAGCCCAAAGUGUGCGGCAGAGGAGCGGAGAACUUUGACAGGUUCUUCACUCGCACCCAGCCUGUCCUGACCCCACCAGACCAGGUGGUCAUCUCUAACAUCGACCAGAGCGAGUUUGCCGGCUUCUCCUACGUCAACCCGCAGUUCGUCCACCCAUCUCUCCAUAGCGUGGUAUGAGGGCCGGUGUGUCUUCUGACGUCCUUCUGAUCCAGCACACAUCUAGACCAGAGGUGGUGAGAGAGAACUCUAGCUAUUAAUGUGCAUUGUGGCCAAAUCUGGUUUCGGAAAGGUCAUCAAGUCAAGCUGGAAAAAGUACAGAAUUAAAAUGUACCUCCAUUUUUCAUCUUAUUUGGACAAAACUGACACCUGAGAUCUUUGCUUAGUGGCCAGUACUUGAUUACAUGGCUGCCGUUACGUCUGUCACGCCGCCUGUUUGAAUAACACCACCAAUUGCAUCGCUGGUGACCCAUCCGUCUACUUGGCAUCGCUCACGCUGGUGGGAUUCUCUCAUUGUCUCCACGCCUGUCGUGUUUUUUUUUUUUUAGUUUUGAAUCAGCAGAAGCUGCGACUUCAGUAUUUAUUUGUUUUAAAAUUGCCCCUCCAGUGUUGCGUCUGCCCAAAGCUCUGAUGGUUUGGUUAUUCAGCAUGUAGAGUAGUGACACCUACUGGUCUGCCUGGCAUGGUGCACCUGUAGGACAGAAGCAAGCGUGUCCUUUGUACUCAUUUAGGCUUAGGUUUCCAAAACCCCUUCCAUUAGUGUGUGCAACAGCACACACACACACACACACACACACACACACACACACACACACACACACACACACACACACAC